AUGAACUAUUUAGCGGUUUACGUCACCGUCUACGAGCACAAGGGCGAAAUUUACCGCGGAUAUACCAGAGAGUUCCUGCGCCACAGCGGCAUUGUGGUUGACAACGGAGAUCACUCUUUCGACGUCUUCCAUGUAACUGGCACGCCCGGUAUUGGCCUUACAUUCCAUCGCGUGUGCAACUGGAAAGAUCCGAGGCAGGACACCGCAAGACUGCUGUCGAUGGACUUCGUAGCAUGGAUCCCGCAAAACAGAUAUUCAGAGUUAGAGCCGCUACUUAAGGGUGUCGACAUCAAAGUGAGCAGGACAUGGAAUUGUCAGAAUUGGGUUCGAGAAGGGUUGGAUGCAAUGGUGACUGCACGCCUGAUUAGCGAAGCAGAGAAGAACGCGGCGGUUCAGAAGCAAAUGGCAGCAGUUACAAGGCCUUUCACGACGGAAACUCCCAAUGCACAAGCGCUCAAGGAUAGUUAA